UCCACAGCAGCACACCACCCACAACCACUGCAGCAAACCGCCCACAAACCACAGCAGCACACCACCCACACAAACCACAGCAGCACACCACCAUGCUGCGCCUCGUGAGCAAAGUGAAGUCUCGUUUGCACCACCACCACGGAGUCGGCGGCGUUGGAGGCGUCGCCGUGGGGAGCCGCGCAGGCGGCCGGCUCCAGCCGCCUCGCCUCGCGGCCGCCUCGUACAGCAGCCACGGCCACCACCCCCCCGCACCCCCCACGACCGCCGCUCACGACGACCCGGACAAGGACGACCCCAACUUCUUCCACAUGGUCGAGGGCUUCUUCGACCGCGGGGCGAGCAUCCUGGAGGACAAGCUGGUGGACGACAUGCGCUCCAGAGACUCCGUGGAUGAGAAGCGCAAGCGCGUCCGCGGAAUCCUGAGGAUCAUCAAGCCGUGCAACCACGUGCUGAGCGUCUGCUUCCCCAUCAAGAGGGACAACGGCGAGUGGGAGGUGAUCGAAGGCUACAGAGCUCAGCACAGCCAACACCGCACGCCCUGCAAGGGAGGGAUACGGUACAGCGAAGAGGUGAGCGUGGAUGAAGUGAAGGCUCUGGCAUCUCUGAUGACGUACAAGUGCGCCGUUGUAGACGUGCCGUUUGGAGGCGCGAAGGCCGGCGUGAAGAUCAACACCAAAAACUACUCGGACAACGAGCUGGAGAAGAUCACGAGGCGGUUCACUGUGGAACUCGCCAAGAAGGGCUUCAUAGGUCCGGGCGUCGAUGUGCCGGCGCCGGACAUGAGCACGGGGGAGCGCGAGAUGUCCUGGAUCGCCGACACGUAUGCCAACACCAUGGGGCACAACAACAUCAACGCGCACGCGUGCGUCACGGGGAAGCCCAUCAGCCAGGGCGGCAUCCACGGCCGCAUCUCGGCCACGGGCCGCGGCGUCUUCCACGGCAUCGAGAACUUCAUCAACGAGGCGACGUACAUGAGCUCCGUGGGCCUGACGCCCGGCUUCAAGGGCAAGACCUUCGCUGUGCAGGGUUUCGGUAACGUGGGCAUGCACUCGAUGCGGUACCUGACCCGAAACGACGCCAUCUGCGUUGGCGUCGGAGAGAUCGACGGCAGCAUCUACAACCCCGACGGCAUCGACCCCAAGGCACUGGAGGAGUACAAGCUGCAGCAAGGCACGAUCGUCGGGUUCCCCGGGGCGAAGCCGUACGAGGGCAGCAUCCUGGAGACGCCGUGCGACAUCCUCAUCCCGGCAGCUGGGGAGAAGCAGCUCACCAAGCACAACGCUCACCGUGUCAAAGCCAAGAUUAUUGCAGAGGGAGCCAACGGACCAACCACCCCCCUAGCCGACAAGAUCUUCAUGGAGAACAACGUUCUGGUGAUCCCGGACCUGUACCUGAAUGCGGGCGGUGUGACGGUCUCCUACUUCGAGUGGCUCAAGAACCUGAAUCACGUGAGCUACGGGCGUCUCACCUUCAAGUACGAGCGGGAUUCCAACUAUCACCUGCUGAACUCGGUGCAGGAGAGUGUGGAACGCAAGUUUGGUAAACACGGAGGGCCGAUCCCGGUGGUUCCAUCCAGCGAGUUUCAGGCUCGCAUCGCGGGUGCUUCGGAAAAGGACAUCGUGCAUUCGGGCCUCGCCUACACGAUGGAGCGCUCGGCACGGCAAAUAAUGCGCGCGGCGAUGAAGUACAACCUGGGGCUGGACCUGCGCACGGCGGCGUACGUCAACUCCAUUGAGAAGGUGUUCCGCGUCUACAACGAGGCCGGCCUCACCUUCUGAUCGGGAAGGGGGCGUGGGGCGGUGGGGGGUCCGAGUCGUGGAAUGGUGAGAACCAGCCUGGUCGCCCACUCGCUCGCCCUCCCUCCUGCCAGCUUGGUCCAUCGCCUCCAAGGACGAAGUGUCAGGAACGACAAAGAAAAUCCACAGCCUGCGACGGUUCUGUCCAACGCAAGGAGUUGUCUCUUUCUCUCAGUCUCUCUCGGUCUCUCUGCAGCACAGCACCGCGACGCUCGCUCCCUCGUUCGGCACAGCGGCGGGCGCCGCGAUCACCGACGGCGGUGACGCGGCUCGGCACCGAGCGUUGUGGCCGCCUCCUCCCGCCCAGCGUCCGCUACUCUGGUGCCCGGGACACUCCGUUACAGCGGCUGCAGCUGCCCAAGAAUGAACACAUCCUUGUCCUCUUUCCAAGGUUGUCAGCGAUUUCGGCCCACUUGGCUUCUGGCCUCCGCCGGUCCUGGCCAAAGCGGUGACCCACAACGGUUCCCGCUGUCCGUGCCCCUCUGUGCACCGCUGUGCCAACACUGCGCCUUUACUCGCCCCCCCCCCCCGCCCCCCGCCGUGUUUACAUCAAUGCCGCGCGUGACUGCCAACCACGCGGCUCUGUGUGGCGCGGUGGGCAAGCCGACGCUGCAGAGUCCCCUGCCCAAUCUUCUCUCCGGUUUGUGUUUGUUGCGGUUUUAUUUAUGUUUUUCCUUUUGUUUUCCCUUCCUACAUUUCUUCCGAUUUCAUGCACAGAAAGUGGUCCCCUUGGCAGCUUCUAGCAGAGCACCGCGUCCGCCCGACGUGUUGGAGAACGGUCCGCAGAAGCAGACACCGCAUGGCUACUUCUGAGAUCCUUUCACAGUGCACGCUCGGGAGCGCCGCGCUCUCAACGUGCCGUGCUGUGGAUGAAUAUUUCCCAAAUUUUAAGUGAAAAGCCAAAAAUAAAUUUCGCAAGAUAUUUGGCGCCAUCAUUCGGGACUGGGCUGCGAGCAUCAACUUGCUACAUUUUUGAGGAUUUGGUGUUUUAACACGUCGCCGAUUCAAACCCGGGAUUUCAGGAUGGGCGGCUCGGUGUUCCCAUCUCUGAGCCAUCCAGCCACUCGCCUACUUUUAUCUUUUUUUUUUACAUUUUCCAAUUUCCGAUUUUCUCGUCGGGAGGGAUUUCGCAGGAGGGAAAACGGGUUCUUUUUUUUGGUUUGUGGGAAGGUGUCAUUAUUGUGGCUCGGACAAAUGCCGUGCGGCUGUCUUGGGACUCGCCAGUUUACUCUUGAGCGAGGACGUUGUUACGAUGCUGAUCAUCAUGACGCGUAACCCCCCCCCCCCCCGCCCCCACGACAGUGCACACGCACAGGUCGCGAUGUUCGACAGAGUUCUUCUCGUCAACGGUCCCCGCGAUGACGUCGCUACCUGGGGCCUGCAACUUUGCUCGCCUCCCGAUCACAUGAUCACGUCGAAGAAACACUCCCAUAAUGACUGCGUCCGGAGCCACCUCGGUCAGGGUGGUGAUGGACACGGUCUCAGUUUUUGGGUCGGAAGCGGUGGACAUUGACCACCUCCCUCCAGGUUGACCCAUCUCGCUUGCUCCAUCGCGGUGGUCGGGUUGACUGUUAAACGCUAAAUGCCGCCUCCCAUCUCUGACGCAAACACGGGGCUCCACUCCCAGUUUCCCGUUGCGUUCUCUUAGUGAUUCGUGCGCCAAGCAGGCAACCGAGCGAUUUGGGUCCACGCUUCCCGUGGGGGCGGUGUCGUUUAGCGGUAGCGCUGCGCCAAAGUCACGGAACGCACCUAGCGUCUCGCUCGGAGCUCAUCCUUGCGCGCUCGGCGUGGAGGUUUGGCGCUCGUCCCCAAGGUGUCGAGCCGGCUGUACCUCCCCCCUCCCCCCCCACCUCUGCACUUGACCUGGGCUCAUUGUCCCCCUCCGCAAUGACCUCGGUGACUUGAUGUUAAUGAUUUAAACAAAACAUGUCUACGUUGGAGCGCGUGUCAGACUAUCGUUGUUAUGGCACUCGUGAUGUCACAGCAGCGCGUGUCACUAUUCAUCUGCGGGCCGCCCCUCCCCCCCGCCCUACGUGCCGAAUUCUCACGAUUCGAGGCGGCAAUUGGGAUCGGAAAGCUGUUGUGGGUUUUUUUCUUUCUCGUGGACGGCGGUGCCUCUUAAGUGGCCGCAGGAUUCGUGCAAAGGCAUUGCGCACAACACCCGGGGAGAAAACAAAACCUCGCGCUAAUUAAACCACCGUUUUAAUCGUUCGGCGAGCACAGAGACGCCCGUUUGGGUCACUGCAGCGCGUCUGAGCUCGACGCAACGACGCCGCCCAAAGAGUUCUAUCGUGACUCCGUUUGACCGACUUUGAAAGUCUUUCUAUUUUUGGCACAUCAUUUACAAAACUUCUAAUUAUUUUUUGGACAAGACGAGGACACGGCCUAGGUAAGCGCUGGCUGUGAGUAAUUUAUUGGGAGCGCGUUCCGGGUUGGUUGUAUGGCCAAGGUGGUGGGGUGGGGUGGGGGGCGUGUGUGGCCUUUGGUACCAGGUUCGGAGAGCAGGGCACUGGGGUUGACGACUCUUCUCAUAGCCAUGGCUUAAUAACUCGCGCGGUUGGCUACGUACGGUGCGAAAGAAGUCCAACGUACGUACAUAGGCUGGAGUAGGCGGUGACCUGUCGCAGACGCGAGAGGGGAGUUGGUGUACUGGACGUGGUGUGCAGGUGUACGGAAAUACAUUUUGCCGAUUCCCGGCCCGAGAUUGAUACCUCGUUGUUAGCUGAGCUUCGUGUGACGAUACUGUCAGAAAAUAAAGAACCUCAUUUCAUUGUUCGGCAGCGCACAGCCAUCUUGGCGUGCUUGGGCAUUAAGUGGCCGGAUUGUAUGUAGGCUUUCGCGACCAAUAUUAUUCGUAAUAAAGGUUGAUGUUGGAUCGCGCGAGUGUGAAUGGGUUAACGACAUUAAUAUUUCCGCGAUCUAACCCAAAACACCCCCCCCCCCCCGGUUUUGUUACGAACGGUUUAGUUGCGUUUUGUUUUGUGGAUGGGUGGGCGAGUGGGGUUGCAUGUGCGCUUAAUACAAAAACGAGACGACGUUCACCUGGAAUGUAUGAGGAAAAUAGAAUACACGAAUGAUUUAAAUAAAGGGCGUUUAUAACAAAGUGGUGGUGGUGGGGUGGUUGUUGUUUUGUGUUUUGUUGUGUUGGCCCUUCUAGGUGAGUGACUGCCUUGCCAAGAUUCUACACCGGCGCCUCGUCUUUGCAACAAAAUAAAUAAGCAAGGUCUCGUGCAAAUGUUCGUUUCUACUUCAAUAAUGAAAGUAAUUGUUGCACAGACCCAUCGGCAACACGGCCUUUUGGGAGUGUGCAUCAUUAUGACGAAGUAGAUGGAGGGGGUGGUACACAAGCCACGUGAUUUUAACGGGAUGCUUGAGGUCAUUUGGAUUUUUAUUCCUAGAAUGUACAAGACACAAUUUUAAUAAUAUUCUCAAGUUUCAUCUUCAGUACAUCACAACAAAUAAUAUCGAAGGUAUUCGUGCGAGUUAUUCGCACUGCAAUGUUCAAUCUAAUGCACUCUUUAUUGAACAGAAACACAACAACGGUGAAAGACGGAGAGCGAAAGAGGUUGAUAUGGAGGGAGGGGAGGUGCAGGAAGUUCUGGAGGAAUGGAGAAUUUGUGUUCGCAAGAUCGUCGUUUAGGAGUAAGACGGCACUGCACGGGACACGAUCACGCAAAGGGAGGGGUUGCACGGGCAACAUCACUGUUCAGCCAGAGUGCGUACACACACACACAGACUCGCAGGCAUACAUACACGACACAUACAGCAAGUCCCCCUGUGUCUCCUUGCCUCGCCUAAUGGGGGGAGAGGGCCAACGCCCUCUGCUGAAAGCGAGCAACGAUUCAGGGCCAGCGGCGGAGCAGAGUGUGGGUGGGCUCGUCCACAAUCUCCCGGUGCCCAGCCACCUUUGUUCUUCCCAGUACAGAUGUUUACAUGCCAUUAAAAAAAAAGUACCGUACUCGUUUAAGGCCCAGUCUCCCUAGAGGCGACCCAAGUAAAAAGAAAAGGGGUAAAAGGUGCAGCCCCGACAUUGCAUUGCUCCGAAGUCCACUGCUGGUGGAAGAGACUCCGUGAGAGUGAGUUGGAGAGCAUCCUGACGGGUGCGUACUUUGGCCUACUCUUUCACGUCAUGCUGGCCAAAUGUGGUGGAAGAGGUGGGAGAGGUGGGAGUGCCCACACUUUGCCCCACCACCACGCGACCUCGCCGAUCGACUCGACGACGGUGAACCCAUUUACUACACCGCUGGGUGGACAUGCGGUGGGUGAGGAAUGGGGGGGGGGGUUAGCUGCCGUGCCGAACCCGUGGACUCUGGCUCGAGAGUCGAGUCUGUUGACCGUUUCACGACUGUGGUAGCAUCGCGGAAUAUGCAAAUCAGUACAUCGAUUCCAUAGAUGUUGAACCCGGAUCAAUGAAAUGAUGCCCUAGCCUGGGCAUCGUUUAGGUCAACUCGGCCCAAAAAAGCAUUUGUAACCUGUUACGGCGAGGUAAUUGAAAUCAGCGAUGGCGAGUCCAAAUAAUCUGGGUGGAUGUGGUGCUGAUUACAGUGAAGGUGGGUGGCGAGUGGGGCAGGGCUGUGUCCGGAUAUCACCCGCCACUGGAUGGUAGCCGUGGCACGGGAAUCGAACUCGGGUCACGAUGUUUGUGGGCGCAGUGCACGAACCGUUGCAACCAUUGCACCCACGACACGAGCACGCUCCAUCCGCGAGACCUGUAAUAGGUGCUCGCCAAUGCUAAAUACACUUGCCCCGAUGGUUGUAGCAGGCUAUGCGGGGAACCACCUUUGUCUUUUGAAAUGCACGCACACACACACACGGGUUUGUAAGGUGCACGAUUUCACUUCGUCACGAAGGGUGGCAUCGUUGGCAAGAUCCCCGACACUUGAGAGGCAUGGUGGGGGGUGAAUUUAGAAUUUGACUUCAUGGAGGAAGGCGGGGCAUGGGGAAAUACUCGGUAUCCUCAAACAUUUAAAAUAAAUAUCUCCAAUGUUGUUUUCGGGUUCUGCCGCGGUGUUGUUCACCACGAUGUCCGACGUUUCACUCCGCAUGCACGGGAGCUUCGCCUGUUCCGGAACUGAAAAUGGGAUUAAAGUUAUUCAGGAACUGAAAUUGGAUCGGGUAAAGUUCAGGUGGACUGCGUUCAGUGCAGGUGCAGUUUUCUGAAGAUCGCAGGCACGACCACCGAAACGUCGGACAUCAUGGUGGACAUCACACAGCGGCACAAAACAACAUCGGAGUGAGAUGGGCAACAGAGCCCACGACAACCCACGCGGCGAUGUUAAAUAAAAAUAAACAAAUGAUGUUGACAAAAACAUUUGAAAAACAGAAUAAGUGAAACAUUCAAAAUACAAAAAAGGUAUUUGUCAAUUGCCCAGCGAUACAAAACAAAUUAUUUAGAAGUCUUGGCUGACAUUCAGGAAGAGUUGUCUGCAUAUAAAAUAUAAACAACGCCCAUUACAAACGUGUUUUAUAUUUGACCAUGAUUAAACACAGACCAAUGAUGUAGUCACGCCGCAUUCAUUACUUAUCGAGUCUCAAGACAUUGUUUGAGAGGUUACUUCCAAUUGAUAUUAGGCUUCAUGCUUAAGUUACAGAUACGUGCUUAUAUGCGUGUUCGCUAACAGCAAUUGACCCAACAAUCGGAAUGCCUAUAUGGGGAUAUUUGUCUCGCAUUUGCCGAUGUAUGUUGAACUUCUUUUGCACCGUACGUAGCCAACCGUGCUAGGCGGAGGUGCUACGAACCACACGUGUUUACUGUGUUUGUGUGACCAUAUGUACAAGUUUAUGUGUACACAGUAUUGUGUUUGUUUGCAACUGCUCAUUUCUCACGGAAUAUCUUCAAGUCGCUGGUAGACUGCAGGAGGUGGCACGUGACGAGGAGUUGUCGUCUUAGGCAGGCACAGUGAGAGGCGAUGUAUACUGGACGUGGUGCGCCGGACGCAUAAAUAUUGUUUCCGUGUUGCCUACCCUUGACAGACCCGGCUAAAAUUAAUCUCUGAUGACCCCCUCUUGAAAAAUUGUCUUGAGACUCGGUCAUUUCGAGGACGCAAAAUAUAUCGUCCCCACCUCGGGCGCUAUUGGGAAACCCCACGUGCAUGGGGAUGCCAAUGGGGGCAGGCAUUGGUGCUUUAAAUUUGGAAUGUACCACUGGAUGUCUGGGGGGGGGG